GGCUCGGGCGGAGCUGAAGUUUGGGAGCCGCCGCCGCCUCCGGCUCUCCGCUCGCAGCCCCGAUGCUCCCGCAGCAUCCGCCUGCGCGGCGCCGGGCGCUCCCCCGCCCCUGCGGCCCCGACCCGCACUUCUGCCCCGGCUCGCACGUUCCUUAGCUGCAGAAUUGCUCUCGCACGGCUCCGCGGUCAACGAACAAAGCAAAAGCAGCGAGCCCCCCAAAAAAGCUCUGGGGUCGCACCAGGAGCUGAAAAGCGCAGCAGCCCAGCCGUGCCCGUGGCAGUGCCAGCUGGCCCCAUCCGCUGACUGUGCAAAUGGUGAUUUUUGCAUCCUUCAUCCCACCCUGCCACCUGGGGCUGGUACCCCAGUGCUGCUGAGAGCCGCUGCCUUGUCUCAGCUGAGGCAAGCGGGUUUCCCCAAGUGCCAGACCGAAGAGUGACAGCUUCUUCAGCUGAAGAUGUCCAAUAAUGGUAUUGAAACAGAAGACAAACCUCCUGCCCCGCCAAUGAGAAACACCAGCACUAUGAUCGGAUCUGGAAGCAAAGACACCGGCUCUUUAAACCACGGCUCGAAGCCUUUGCCUCCCAAUCCUGAAGAAAAGAAAAAGAGAGACCGAUUUUACCGAUCAAUCUUACCAGGAGAUAAAACCAAUAAGAAGAAGGAGAAAGAACGACCGGAGAUAUCCCUCCCUUCAGAUUUCGAGCACACGAUUCACGUUGGGUUUGAUGCUGUCACGGGUGAAUUCACGGGUAUGCCAGAGCAAUGGGCUCGGUUACUGCAGACAUCAAACAUCACCAAAUUGGAGCAGAAGAAAAAUCCCCAAGCCGUGCUCGAUGUGCUGGAAUUUUACAACUCCAAGAAGAUCUCCAACAGCCAGAAGUACAUGAGUUUCACAGAUAAAUCUGCAGAGGAUUAUAAUUCAUCAAAUACAGUGAACGUGAAGGCGAGUGUGUCCGAGACCCCUGCGGUACCACCAGUUUCAGAAGAUGAAGAUGAUGAGGAUGAUGCUGCUCCGCCCCCAGUAAUAGCUCCACGCCCCGAGCACACAAAAUCGAUAUACACUCGCUCCGUGAUAGAACCCCUUCCUCCACCUCCCACCAGAGAUGUGGCCACCUCUCCAAUCUCCUCGCCCUCUGAAAACAGCACGACCCCGCCUGACACGCAGACGAGGAACGCAGAGAAACAGAAGAAAAAACCAAAAAUGUCAGAUGAAGAGAUCCUGGAAAAAUUAAGAAGCAUCGUGAGCGUGGGUGACCCCAAGAAGAAAUACACACGCUUUGAAAAGAUUGGACAAGGAGCCUCAGGCACAGUUUAUACUGCAAUGGAUGUAGCUACGGGACAGGAGGUUGCAAUCAAACAGAUGAAUUUGCAGCAGCAGCCCAAGAAAGAGCUGAUCAUCAAUGAAAUCCUCGUCAUGAGGGAAAAUAAAAACCCCAACAUUGUCAACUACCUGGACAGUUACCUUGUAGGAGAUGAGCUGUGGGUAGUUAUGGAGUAUUUGGCAGGAGGCUCCCUCACAGAUGUUGUAACGGAGACCUGCAUGGAUGAAGGACAAAUCGCAGCAGUGUGCCGAGAGUGUCUUCAGGCUCUGGAAUUCCUGCAUUCAAGUCAAGUCAUUCACCGAGACAUCAAAAGCGACAACAUACUGCUUGGCAUGGAUGGCUCUGUCAAACUAACCGACUUUGGCUUCUGUGCUCAGAUUACCCCAGAGCAGAGCAAGCGCAGCACGAUGGUGGGAACACCGUACUGGAUGGCUCCUGAGGUGGUGACGCGGAAAGCUUAUGGCCCCAAAGUGGACAUCUGGUCUCUGGGCAUCAUGGCUAUCGAAAUGAUCGAGGGCGAGCCCCCGUAUCUCAACGAGAACCCGCUGAGAGCCCUGUAUCUCAUCGCUACCAAUGGCACCCCAGAGCUGCAGAACCCAGAAAAGCUGUCGCCCAUAUUCAGAGACUUCCUGAACCGUUGCCUGGAGAUGGAUGUGGAGAAGAGGGGCUCUGCUAAAGAGCUGCUGCAGCACCAAUUCCUGAAGAUUGCAAAACCCCUCGCUAGUCUGACGCCUCUGAUUACUGCAGCAAAGGAGGCAGCCAAGAACAACCAUUAGAACAAAAUCCUUGUAGUCAUCGUGCCAAGCCUGUUAGAAGUUCAUUUCAAAGACUGAAUAUUUGCCCUCCUCCUUCUUCAGGGUGCACAAGACUUUUUGGCCCUGUGAGAACGGCUGGCAGAAGUAGUAUUUGUUGAAUGUUAAAGGGAUACGUGAUGGGGACGUUGUUGAUCUUAAGUAGCAAAUCAUCUUUCCUCCCUCUUGCUGGGAAAAGAAUAUUUUGUAUUGACAGGUUGUCAUGAAAACCUCUGAGCCUGACCUGACACGUAGCACAGCCAGUUUGUUUUCCUAUCUCUUAAUGUGUUUUAUUUUUGAAAAACUAAUGUGGAGCCUUAGACCAUGUUUAUUUUAAUAAAUUAAAAUCUCUUGCUGGCUGGACUUCCCUCGCCUCUACCAAGCUCUGUUGUUCCACUACUGAGACUCCUGCAUGCUUUGGAUUACUUGAAUGAUGGAGCAGCCAGCAGAAACGGGAAUAGCUUUAGUCAUUGAAGGGGAUGCCAGAGCAUGCAACGCCCAGAUGCUGCUUCGUCCUGUCGGACACACCUGGAAGAGAGCUGAAAUAGUUUGAUAAGGCUUCCUGCUGCCACUGGAAGAUUUCAGUCAGGGGUGGCUUGUGUGCCAUGUCUUGUAAAUCAGCUUCUCAAUUACAUUAUCAUCUUUCAGUUCUCAUCUCUGGGCCUGUAGACUCCGGUGCUCAGUGCUACCAGCUAAUCGAUUGUUUCCGAAACUAAACUUGCUGGCAAGCUACGGGAGACUGUGCCAAAGAAUGGGGCAGAGCUGCUUUAAAAUGACUUUAUUUGUAUAGCAAGGUUUGGUAGAGCAUUGCCCUAGCUUGUAAAACAGUAAUACACUGGUUGCCAUGAUAAAGUCAACAUUUGCCUGCAGUUACCAUAUGGUGAUACUUGAGAAAGUAUUAUUUGGUAGGCCCAGGAGAAACAGCCUUAUCUUGGAGGCUGCUGCCAUUAAGUACCCAUGAGGACCGUUUCUGAAGUGAGGGAGGGCCUCGUUGUCUUCAGCUGGAGGACUGAAAGGGUGAAAUCCUCUGGCUGCCACAGUUUGUAAAGUAUCUGGUGACCUGGCUCUGCAUCUGAGUGGAGAAAUCUGUGUCCUGGGCUACAUUCAGCUGUACAUUGGUUUUAAUAAAACGAUUGCUGCAUUUCUUAAUGUGGGAGACGUGAAGGGUUCACUU